AUCGUAGUAUGCAAACGGAGGGGAACAGCGCUCGCAACCGCAUUCGACGGAUGAAAACUUGUGGAAAAUACAAAGAAAACAACAACAAUUGACUUCCGACAACAAUAGCUUCCGACUCCAUCCGCCAAUUAUGGUUCUGGCUUAUUACUUUUCCGUAUUUGUUCACAUUUGUUUGGUUUUGGUAAUGGAGUAACCAAACGGACCUAUUUGUGUACUAUCUGGAACCAUGUCUGGAACAUACCUUUCUACGGGAUCUUCCCACGUAACGUUAUAAAUGUCAACGAAUCAGCACUUCAGCACCACUAGCAAGCAAACCAAAACAACUUUUUUUUUGUCAAGAAUAGUGAGUGUAUUCCCAUAAGUAUAAAACAAAUUAAAUAUUUGUAAUUCUUUAUUCUAAAUUACUCUGAAUCUAAACAAAUAAAAUGGAUUUUACAAAUUUCUUAGUUCGAAAGUGCCCACCAACAGCAAUGUACAUUCCAAAUUUUAUCACUUUCGAAGAAGAGGAGCGCAUUUUAACACAAAUCGAAAGAACCCCAAAGCCCAAAUGGACUCAGUUACUAAAUCGACGCCUUAUAAAUUAUGGUGGCAUACCACACCCAAACGGAAUGAUAUCCGAAGAAAUUCCACCAUGGCUGCAGGCUUACAUAGACAAAAUCAAUAAUUUGGGUAUUUUUGAAUCCGAAAAAGCUAAUCAUGUCCUAGUGAAUGAAUACCUGGCUGGACAAGGAAUCAUGCCGCACACUGAUGGUCCAUUGUUUCAUCCAAUCAUCACUACGCUAUCGUGUGGUUCGCACACAAUCCUCGAGUUUACAGAGCGGCAAAAGUCUUCAGAAACUGAUGAAGCUCCAUCACCUAGAGACAUUAGAUACAAAUUGCUACUUGAACCACGAUCUUUACUGAUUCUAAAAGACACAUUGUACUCGGAUUAUCUGCAUGCGAUUAAUGAGUGCAGCGAAGACACUCUCUGUGAUCGAGUUUGUAAUUUCGAGAAUUGUGAGGCAGCCUAUAAAAUGGGUGACAAGAUGACCAGAAAAACUAGAAUAUCGUUAACCAUUAGAAAUGUGCCAAAGACUUCAAAGCUGAAAAUUAAAUUUUAAUAAAAAGAUUAGAUUUUACCUAUAUUCAGCCCGCGAACUUUCUGGUAAAAAUACGACAGGAUAUAUUUCUCCUAACACAAAAAAAGAAAAAAUAUUCCAUUAUUUGAAAUAAAGUAAAUAGUGGAGUAACUAAAGCUAAAAAAAUGGCAAUAUUAGGGAAUGAUGAUCUUUUUUUUCAAACGUGAGUAAUUAAAAAUAAUCAGUAAAUAAACAAAAUUAUUGAAAAAAUUUUAACAUGCCCUUUGUAAAACUUUUUCGUAAUCUAAAAUGCAUUUAUUUUUCACAUUUUUCUGGCCUCAUUUAUUAUGAUUUGAAAUUAAAAAAGGAAAUGUCAAUAUGUAUAAUAUUUUAUGAAAAAAAUUAAAAAGUAUUUCAUUUUCGAAGAACUUUUUUUAAUAGAUGUUUUAAAUAUAGGAUGUUUUUAAUAACCGAAUUUAUAUAGUAAAUAAUUUUCUACUACAAAAAGUAAUUAAAAUUAUUUAUUUGAAUGUAAACUUAAAAAUUGCUAACCGAGCUGACGGCCAUAGCCGUUGUUUUUGUAAACUCUGCUUAGAAAAGUAGAAUAAAAAAUGAAUUAAACCGUUUUGUAAUAGAAGUUUUGAAAAAAAAAAUAACUAUUUUUUUUAAGUUCAACAUUUAAAUAUAAAGUUAUUUUUUCUUCAUUCAAUAGCCCUUAUUGUUGAACGUUAAAUAGCUUAAUAAAAUAAAUAGUUUAAAGUUCUUAUUUGCCAAGGUCUUUGAGUAAAUCAAUUAUUUCAAUGCAAAAAUUCAGUUUUUAUCAAAAAUAUCCCAUCAAGUUUACGUAAUUUUGAUUUUUUUUUUAACUGUAAUAUCUUUGCCACCGGGUACAAAGGUGUUAAGUCAUAAAUGAUAGUUUGCCAGAAAAUGCGAUUGAAGUUGAGCUAAUGUAUGAAAAUUGAUGCAUUUUUGAGCAUUGAUCGUCUUAUUUUUGUAGGAAAGAGUUGCUCUAAAUUUAUGUUUUUGAUACCAAAUAAAAGAACAAAAAGAAUUUAUUCUUAUUUCAUCUAAACCCGAAAAGUGCAAUUUUGUUACUUAACCCCCCUUGUACCAGGAGGCAAAGAUAUAUAUAAUGAAGUCUUUUAAAAUAGUAAAAAUCAAUUUAAAAUCAAUCCUGGCAAGCUAAAAAGUAUCUCUAAAUUUUGUUUUAACUAAACUAAAAGUCCUAUUAAUCUACUAUGAUGCAUAAAAAUUAUAUAUAAAUUUUGUUUUAACUAAACUAAAAGUCCUAUUAACUCUUAAAGAAGAAAAAAAAAAAAAAAAAAAAAAUACUGUAAAAGAUUCAAGCAAUUUUGCCACUCGGGCAGACGACAGAUACAGCUGUGUUCAAAAUAAUAGUAGUGCCUGCAACAAAAUAACAUUUUUUAUAUUUACGGUGCUUCUAUGGUUAAAAAUUUAAUUUCUUUGAUGUCAAAGUUUGUAACGGUCAAUUACUAAUAAAUGUAUCGUAAUUUUAAAAUGAAAAAGAAGGUGCCAAAUAAUUUUUCAUUGAUUUUUGGUUGUUCUUUCGAAUUUGACCUGUUCAAAAUAAUAGUAGUUAAAGUUAUUUUUUAAGAAUUUAAAAGCGGUUUAUAACUUAGAAUAUUUAUUUUUGGUUUAAAAGUAAGUACUCAUAUAAUUUGAAUAAUUUUUCAACAAAAAACGAUUUGUUUCGGUUUUAAUCUAUUUAAAGUUCGAAGAGCAAAACACUGCAGUUCGGAUAAAGGAAACUUAUACGAAAGCUGCUUGAAGAAGGGAAAACCUACUUGGAAAUUCAAGUUUAUAUUAGGAUGCUCCCCUACAAUGGUAGCCUAUGCAAUAAAGUCAACGAAAGACCCGAAACGCGCGGUAAAAAAAGAAAAAAGACCGCCGUAGAUGACAGGCGUAUUGUCCCGACGAGGAAAGUUGAGCCUUCUGCAUCGUUGUUUCACAUCCAGAAGGCUUUAAGCCUGGAUUGCAGUGCAGUGCACAUUCGGAGGCGAAUGUUAGACACUAAUUUGUACGCUUGAAACCCACAAAAAGUUCCGCUCUUAACAAAGAAAUAUGUUAAAAUACUAAAAUUUUCGACCCUCCAUGUUUAACUGUUUUCGUCGUAUACUUUGGAACAUAAUCCGUAUUGGGUGGACGUCGGACGUAUUGUGGAGAUCCAGUACCACCAAAAGGGACAAAUAUGCUGUCAUCAGUAAACAAUAUGUUACGCCAUUACUUUGCUGGCCAGUUUAUGUGGUCUUUUACAAACUGGAUACGCUUUUUAACAUGUUUCGCUGAACUUUUCGUGGACUUCAAGCGUACAAAUUAGUGUCUAACAUUCGCCUCCGAAUGUUCACUGCACUGCAAUCUAGGCUUAAAGCCUUCUGGAUGUGAAACAACGAUGCAGAAGGCUCAACUUUCCUCGUCUGGACAAUACGCCUGUCAUCUACGGCGGUCUUUUUUCUUUUUCUACCGCGCGUUUCGGGUCUUUCGUUGACUUUAUUGCAUUGGCUACCAUUGUAGGGGAGCAUCCUAAUAUAAACUUGAAUUUCCAAGUAGGUUUUCCCUUCUUCAAGCAGCUUUCGUAUAAGUUUCCUUUAUCCGAACUGCAGUGUUUUGCUCUUCGAACUUUAAAUAGAUUAAAACCGAAACAAAUCGUUUUUUGUUGAAAAAUUAUUCAAAUUAUAUGAGUACUUACUUUUAAACCAAAAAUAAAUAUUCUAAGUUAUAAACCGCUUUUAAAUUCUUAAAAAAUAACUUUAACUACUAUUAUUUUGAACAGGUCAAAUUCGAAAGAACAACCAAAAAUCAAUGAAAAAUUAUUUGGCACCUUCUUUUUCAUUUUAAAAUUACGAUACAUUUAUUAGUAAUUGACCGUUACAAACUUUGACAUCAAAGAAAUUAAAUUUUUAACUAUAGAAGCACCGUAAAUAUAACAAAUGUUAUUUUGUUGCAGGCACUACUAUUAUUUUGAACACAACUGUAUGUCAUGCCUUUAAAUAUUCAAGUUUUUUUCUCAAUGACUUUAUGUAAAAAAUUAUUAUAUUGAGUAAAGAUCUAUCUAUCUAUCUAUCUAUAACCUUUUCGUCUUCGGAAUUCAAGUUAUAAUAUUUAUGGCCAAAAAAAUUUUUUUAAACAAAUUCAUAUUUUACUACGAAAAAAUUAAAAAAAAAUUGAUUUAAAAUUUUUAAUAACAUUUUUUUUUCCAAAAUUCUGAGUUUAGGACCAUUCUUUCAAAAACUCUUAACAAAAUUUUGUGGAUUUAAAUUUUACAGAUAAAAAUGAGAUUCUGGGUUUUUAAAAACGUGUAUGUAAAUAUUGUGGGUGUUGCCGUUGUGUUCAAAAUUUUUUUUUUUUUUAAUACAGUUUCUGAGAAAAUUGCAUUUAUCGCUUAAAGGAUGGAAGAUUGUCUCUUAUUCCCAAAUAUUUUUUUUCCUUAAAUUAAAUUAAAAAUUAGAGAAUCUUUUGGUAUCAUUUAUUUUAUGAAAUUUAAGCAAAUAAAAUGGUUUUAUUAAAAAAAAAAUGAUUUUAAUUUAAAAAAGCAAUACGGCAACAUCGGCAAUUUUUAACCUAUAGACUUUAAAUUACUUUUAAUUACCGACGUUUGAAAAAAAAAGAUCAUCAAAAUCAGAGCUGUUCGGCCGGGUUCCCUAAUAAUUUGCUUUAGUUACUCCACUAAAAGGAAAUUUUUGUUUCGCGAGAGAAUUGAUUGUGUAUUGAGAAGCUUAACAACACGAAUUACUUCAAAAGUUGUGUAAUUCAUUUUGUUUACCUUUGUGAUUGUAUGUCGAUGUCGACCUAUGUUGUACCUAAUUGUUCUUAAAUAUUUAUAAUGUAUUAAUUUUAAGCCCGAUGAAUGUUGCACAAAAAAAUAAACAUGCAAAACGUG